CAUGAAUGUCACCCCUGUGCGAGGGAACCUGUGAAAUUUACAAAACCUCUCCCAGGGGCUGGAAAUGGAGGGAAUGCAUAGGGGGCAUAGAGGAGGGAAGCUGUCUUCCGUCCGAUUCCUUCCAUCCCUGUUUCUCUUCCUCUAAUCCCUCACUCUGGAUGUGAGCUUCUGGGAUGACCGUACCAGGUUUUGAGUCUAAAGUCAAGAUUUCGAGAAGCUACGAAGUCAAUUUGAAGCUGGAUAAAGUGCAUGUGGUGUGGAAGCUUGUCCGGGACAGGCUGGGACUGCAGAGACUCCAAGAGAUGGAGACAGAGUGAAGCAUGGACGCGUGGUGCCUCACUCUCCGCUGCCGGACAGCAACAACAUGACUCCGCUAAUCACCCACUGCCACACUCGUGGUCCAAGCGUUAGCAUUUCGGCACGACCACUGAAAUACAACACCAGCAACUGAACUUGCCACUUCUGAAUCAAUGAGAACAGCAGUUGCCAUUUAGGAAACAACCUUGAUUCAAUUCAGAAAGACCCUUUUUUGUUUGUUUGCUUCUGUUUUUUCAACCAAAGAAAACUUUACUGGGACUUUAUUUGGUGUGAACCCACCCCUCUGACUCAUAGAUCCAGCCCCCUUUUCUCUCUCUGAUAUUGCCUCCUCAUCUGCUGAUUGCCUCGGGAGACCCAGUACCUCUCCUGCUGUCUGUGCUCCCCUGCCUGUUCCUGUCCGGCGCCCUGGGUGACUGGGCGGGCUGGCGGCCUUUUGACGGGUGAUCCUGGCACGACAAGAUGGCUGCCCUCGCCAGCUCACUGAUCCGACAGCGCAGGGAAGUGAAGGAACCCCAGGCCAACCGGCAAAUCGCCAGCAAGCGCAAGCCCUGCCCCAAGAGCAACAAGUCCCUGUGUCAGAAACAAAUCCUCAUCCUUAUCUCCAAAGUGCGGCUAUGCGGCAGUCGAGGGAGGAAACUAGAGAAGAGGCCCGAGCCUCAACUAAAAGGCAUUGUCACACGUCUGUACUGCCGACAUGGAUUCUACCUCCAGAUGUUACCAGAUGGCACCAUGGACGGCACAAAGGACGAAAACAGCUCCUUUUUGCUGUUCAACUUGAUUCCUGUGGGCCUGAGGAUAGUAGCCAUCCAGAGCACUAAGACAGGUCUCUACAUUGCCAUGAAUAGUGAGGGCUACCUGUACACUUCGGAACACUUCACACCGGAGUGUAAGUUCAAAGAGUGUGUGUUUGAAAAUUACUAUGUGACCUAUUCAUCCAUCCUGUAUCGGCAAACGCAGUCUGGACGAGCCUGGUACAUCGGCAUCAACCGCGAUGGGCAGGUCAUGAAGGGCAACCGGGUCAAAAAGACAAAAGGAGCUGCCCAUUUUCUGCCCAAACUCAUCGAAGUGGCCAUGUACAGGGAACCUUCGUUACAUGACAUUGGUGAGCAGAGUCCACCUCGGAAAACAGCCAAAACUUCAGACUCUCCUGUCCACACACACGACAAGAAAGACCCGCCGCCACCCAAAACAAGCGCCUCCUAGCGUCUGAAGGAGCACAGACUGGCAACCACACCAACAUACAAAGGGCAUAGGAAAGGGCAUGAGAAAAACACUGCUUGUAGUCCUGCUACUGACCCUGAGAACUCCAUUACCCAAGAUGCAUCAGGGCUAAGUGAACUUGGCAGUCCUGGUGAAAAGCCUACCUUCAAUCUCUUCCUGCUAUGGUCUUCCAGUUUGAACCUGGGAAUUUUUUUAGCAAUAAGAACCCUGGGCUGUCUGAGGGUGCACAUCACAGGAGAAACAAGCUGCAAAGAAAGAAAGAAAAAGAAAGAAAGAUCCGUUUGUUUCACCCUUGUGUUCACCCGACAUGUGUCAGUUUCAUACAUAUCUCCUCUGUGUAAGGGUUUUUUUCCCUGACACUGAAACCUGUCCCCCCAGCUCAAGCAGAACAUGACAUUGAAAGGUCCUGGAUCUUGGCAGAUCUUGCCGAUCGCAUUGUUUUGGAAGCAUCUGCUCACGCUAAUCCUGCCUGAUAGCUCAGCAACCUCCGCAAUCCCCUCCUCCAUCUCUAAGCCCAGUGUAAUCUCCUCUUCUUCACCUUCUCUGCUGUUUGAUUAGUUUGUGACAUAGAGUCAAUUUUCCACUCCACAGCACAGGAAAUGCCCAGCAUGCUCUCCAGAGGACCAUUACAGCAUACUCAUACACAUGCAUACACACCCACACGCAUAUCACCAGACAACAAAAGAAAUUUCAGAUGUAGAAAAUAAACACAUACUCUCCCCUUUCUGUAUGAUAAUGCAGAUAGUUACACCCCAAGGAGGUAAAAAGUCUUUCUCCUUUUUUGUUUAUACACAAUAGCCCCAAAACUGAUGAAAGUGUGUGUGUAUUUGUGCGUGUGAGGUGACUCAUAACUGCGGGAAUUGAGGUAUAUUAUUGCUUUCUUUUGAUUAGUUUUCCUCUGCACAUUAUGCCCCGGGAGCAAUAUUUUUCUGCUGCUCUAUCCUUUCCUCUCCUGUUUGGGUUCAUUUUGUUUCAGUGCAGGAGGCAUAAUUUGCUAACCAAUGAGCUUGCAACUUUCUUCAAGUUCACGGCCUUAUAAUCAAUUUUGUUCUAUCACUUUUGGCCCAAAGCAAAGGCAGAUAUUCCCAGCAAAAUAAAACCACAAACAAUAAGAUUUUCUACCUUUUAUUUUCCUAAUAUUACAGAGCAUAUGCCAUGUGGUACAGAUUUAUGAGAAAUGGCUUUGAGAUCCUGUGCUUCAGUAGAUGGUCCCAAAUUCCAAUAUCAUCACUGACUUCUGAUCUUAGAGCAGCGGAUUCCCUACAGGUAUACUCAAAUAAUUUAGUGUGUACUGCAUAUCAGAUAUUUUAAGCCAUACAAUAUAUCACAUUUCUUCAUUCAGUCAAAAAUGUCCAUGCUAAUUAAGCUUCAUCUAUUCAUCUCUUAUUGAUAUCAAUAAUUUCGGAUAGCCUCUUGCUGGAAUAGCUGAAACAACAAUAAGCCUGGAUUCAGCAACCUGAAAGAAGGUAUGUUGGAGCAAAUUAAAGGCAAGGAGAGUACACCAAGAUUAUGGGCUAGUAAAAGAGAAGAUGGUAGAACAGCAGUGUUGGAGUUUAGAUUAAUGCAAUAAUCUUCUCUAACAGCAGCAGGGAAGAAUGGUGGACACUUCUGCUUCCUACAAAUGGAAAUAUAGUAUUUAACAGAUUGAUUCAUGAAGGUUUAGGAUUCAUUGCCAUUUAUUUAUCAUACUGUCUUCCAAAAGAUGAAAUGGAAAUCUUACAAUUCAACUUCCAGGGAAGGAACACAGAGAACAUUCAAAUCAAAAAGUAAAGUGCACCUUGAUGUUUUUUAAAACAAUAAAAGCUGAAUCUGUAACCUUGGAGAAUAUGUAAAUUUCAUUAUCCAUGCUUUUUUAUUGUAUGACCAGGAGCUUUAUAAUACAUUACAAAGAGAUCUCCAUUCAUUAUUUAACACUAUGUCAUUUUAAGGGCUAUUAUCAUCUGAAACCUUCACAAUGUUCUUCAAGAGCUGGGCUUCACUGACGAUCAUCUUUAUAGGCUACCACAAAAUAUUAAGGCAGUAGAAUGAUCAGAAACCUAAUGGGGACAAGAAGACAGGGAAGGCUUUGAAAACUGAAGGUAAAAGGAAAGGCCUUGGAGGUUAAGCCUUUGGUCUGAUUAAGACCCUCUGGCCUGUGCUGGUUAAUGACUUCAAUUAAGCCACUAAAUUGUUCUUUUAGUCUCUUGUACUCUCGUCUCAUCUCUCAUCUCUCCUCAUCCUCUCAUCUGCCUGAGGCAAAGCCCGCUCCUUGCAUACAUUUUUACAAACCUGACCAUUUGAAUUACAGGACUACUCCUACCACGGCCAAUUACAGAGAAGAUUUGCAGGUAUUUUAGGGUUUGUAGAUCUAAAUAGCUGGAAUUCAGGGGUACUAAUGAAGAGGCUACAGACAUUGACACUGUGCUUUGAUUGGAAAACGCAUUAGGCUUUAAAAAAGGGGAUUACUUCACAUUAAAUUGGGUUGCCAAACUGGGUUCCACAACACUGCAGCGUUUAGUGUUCCUCCUCAUUAAACACACCCGAUUCAACUCAUUAGGCCUUUGGGAGUUUAAUUCUGAGUGUUAGAAGAGGAGAAAUUGUAAUCUCUGCACAGGAGCCCAGUCUGACACGGUGGGCUCUUCACACUUUAUAGGUUUUACUCUAAUGAAAGUUUGAAUUAAACUAACUAUGGACAAAACGAGUGUGUGAUGAAAUAGCCUAACUAGAGGCAAAAAGAUCUGUCUGAAUGACUUUCUGUCUAUGAUAUUAAUUUAUAUAUACAGCACCUCUUGCAUGCUUUACUUUUCACAGCAUGCAUUCUUUAAGCAGGAGGAGCUAGUGCUCGAAAGAUGGGGGUUCAUUUCUGUGCACAAAGGUCUUUGCUUGCUUGGCUAUUUGUUAGCCAUAAAUUUAGAAAGGUGAAGAUGGAAGUAAAGGGCUCAUUCUAAGCUACAUGAGUGGCACUAAUGACAAGUUUUACUAUAGCCAAACAUUUUCAACACUUCUUGCUUUUCCAUACAGUGGUCCAAAAGUUUGAUACCACCUCUUUUUUGCAUUCCUUUGUAUUCCAUUUAAUACAAAGUUUUCAUUAUGAAUUAUAUUAUCAGCAUAAACAUUUCAGUAAAAAAGUUCAGUCUUUUCAAUUUUAAGAUGAAUUUGAAAUUUCUUAGUAUUUGGUUUGUCACAGUGUGCACACAAACUGGCAGUGAUUCUCAAGUUUGUGAAAAAGCCUGAUUAGUAAAACAAAUCCACCUGAAAGUCAGCUGAACAAGAGAUAAGCCUUUAAAGGCAUCAACAUGGUCAGUGCCACAACAAAAAUUAAAUCUGAAUUGUGAAGAGAAGCAGGGCAGAAUUGUGUCUUUGUCUAAAUUUUUCAAAAUUCUAAAACUACUUAUUUCCAGAUUUCAUGAAAGUAAAAGAUUUUUUGUGUGGUCCCAGACUUGGAUCCCACUGUAUGUACAAAGAUAGAGAUGACUGUGUGUGGUCAUAAAAUUUUGCAAAAAAAAAAAAAGAUUUUAUCUGUAUUUAUAAUGUGGUGGUUAAAUGUGUUACUUGGUGCUGAGGUCAGUUGUUAACAUUUUAUCAGUGACAGUACAUUUCGAGUCAACAUUGUGUAGUUGUCAGUGCAUGUGUAUGUGUGUGUAUGUGUGAGUGUGUGUGCUUGCAUCUGCACUUAUUUAACAGAAGUGAAAAAGCUGAAAGCGUACUUGAAUAAUUAGGAAAGAAACAGCAAAUGAACAAAACAUACUACCAGUUAUAGCAGUGGUAAAGUAAAAAGUACAAUAUCUACAGGCUACUAAUUUUUUAGACACCAGUAAGUCCUUAAGGGUACUUGAUACUUGGAGAGAAAAGUGCAUUACUGAGCUUUGCCUAAAGAGUAAAAGAUUUUUGGCAUAAUAUAUUUGCAUAAUGUAAAUGUCUUGAAAGCCAGGAAAUAUUAUUAAAGUAAUGUUGUUUUUUAUAAGUACAAUUACAGAUUCAUGAACUUUUUUCUUUCUUUUUUUUUAUUCUUUUUUUUUAUUUCUUUUUAAAACACUGGUGGUGGGAAAAGUGGUGACAUUUCCCAUUAAACAAUCAUACAAUUCAGUGAAAGCAAGAAGCAAUCAUUAAUUGCAUAAAUGAGAACAUUAUAAAUUGCCUGAUUAUUUGUUUUACUGAUUGUUAACAAUGUAGUUGAAAAAAAAAACAUUACAUUCUAAAAGUAGUUGAAAGGUUUGAAUACAGCAUUUGCAGUCUGUUAUAACCAACAUGCAACUUCAAUUAAAUCCCACAAUCAACACCAGAAGAGAGAUGAUACUAACCUGAAUCUCUAGUUUGAAGUAAAAGCUUCAAAAUUCCGCUAAUCAUGCAAUUUUUUUUCUUUCUCUCCCACUUUAAUUCGUCUCUUGAGAGAAGAUAAAACUGUCUGGCCUUGUUUUCAUGGGUCAUGGUGAUAAAAUGUUGUUGGGCAUGCUGCAGCUCUCUACUGCCUGCUCAGGCAACACUGAAACACUCCACUCCUGUUUAUCUGAAGUGUGUUAUCUUUAGAUUUAGGCUUGGUUUCAUCAAGCAUAGUUGUGUAUAACAAACUUCCAAAAAAUUAGAUGCCUUACAACAGGUACAAAGUUAAAAGUAGAGUUACUCAGUUUUCUCUGUGCACCAGUGGUUAUUAUUUGUAAUGAUUCAUUUAGAGUUUUGCUUACGUGUGUUUAUUGUUUAGCUUGUGUUAGUAUCCACUUUCAAAUGUUAUAUUGCAGUGUUGCUUAUUCAUAAAUAGAUUGAUAUCUUCAGACCAAUACAGAGGACUCUGUAUGGUUGCCCAAAAAUGUGUUCUUUCAUAGCAGUUCUUGCAAUGCUUGACAGGUUUUACACGACAUUGGUAAAAAUGGCAUUCAGUGAGAAAUCUAUUGAGUAAUUGUGGUACUUAAGGUCUCACUGGAGGUCUCAGAGAGAUUAAAUGUACUUCUUUGUAAUGUAAUUGAGUUAAUGUUAGCACGAUAGCAAAUUUGUCUCCAAUCUGCCCAAUUUCAAAUAUACUGCUACAAUAUAGUCCAGCUUGGAAGUGCAGCAUUUCCAACCGGAAUUCUGCAUUAUAUAGAAUCUAAAUGAAACUGAACUCCAAAGAAGGUGAUUAGGUUGAAAGGAUUUUUACCAGUGUCCUGUAAAACAAUGUCCAACCUCAAAACAGUUGCUAUGAAAGAACAUUUGUGGGCUAAACAUGGAUUGGUCAAUUGUAUUUUUAUCAUUUAUUUGUGGUGUGGUGCUGUGUAGUGUGGUAUGCUGUGCUGUUUUUUUUUCUUGGUUGCUUGUUUUCUCAUGGUUGUGUGUUCUGGACUCCACUCUUCUCACUCCAGAUUCAUGUGUGUUUCUGACAAAGUACUAUCAGAAUUUCUUAAUAAUACACAGAAUAUGAAAGUGUGUGUAUGUGAGUUGGUAUAAAACUUGUGUAGGGCUACCAGGAAACCCAUCUUUCCUCAGUUUCUCAGUAAGGAAAGAAUAAGUACUGUUCUACAUGGAUGUAUGUCAUGCAUACCUUCUCAUUCUGCUUCAUGUUAUUCUGUUUAUAUAUGUGCACAAACAUUAUGUACUGAAUUUACUUGAUUUAAAUGUGUACAUAAUUUCCACAUGAAGAUAAUUUCACUGGUAAGGUAACUCAGUCUUAACUUUUAAUGCAAGAUAAUGUGAUGCGUUUUGGAGCAUUCUGCUGGCCCAUUCAUCAUGAAAUGAAUGAUCAUAGUGAAAAGGGCUGCUGGCAGUGUUGGAUGGUACAAAAAUAACCUAGUAGACCACCAAAACUGUCACCAUUAGUUAAACAGUACUUAAAGCUUUCAUCUUUGAGAUGUACAAAACAAACACAGAAGCUGCUGCUGUCCUCUGCAUGAAGGACAGGUCACCCCAGACCUCAACAUCAUUGAAUAUGUUUGGGAUUACUAGGAUCGUGAGAAGCAGAAAACUUCAGCUGUUGUAUUUAGUUGUUCUGCAAAUGUUUCUGUUGUUUUCUGUUUUUCCCAAUUAACUUUACUUAAUGGCUGCUCAAAUUUUAUAGAGUGCUGAACAUGAUUUUGUUUUUAGUUCACUUAGUUUUAAUAAUGAUUGUGUGACUGAAUAUUUUUAUUCAUGCAGAAACGAUGGGCACAUUUGAAUCAAGUCAAUUCAAUGCAUUCAUUUUUUUCAACGAGUGUUUGUGUAAAUGUCUGUGAGAGAGAGAGUGAGAUAAGCGAGGCACAUGUGAUUACAGAAGACAAAUCUGUACCUUGUUUCCUGGAUAGAGAGUAGAAUAUCUAGCAGAUUGAACAGAUUACCUACAAAUGCAAUCAGGUGGCAGAGAAAACAUGCCCAGUGAGAGUGAUGCUCUCAGCCGGGCAUGCUGCUUAUUGUGUAUGUGUCACUUUGAGGUGUAGCCCCAACCCUGUAUCUGCAAUGCAGCAGAAAAGACAAAAAAACCCAGCCCUCCUCACGUGGCUAAACCAAAGGGUUAUCCCCUCCACGCCUGCUCGCUUUGCAGCCCUCACCGAAGCGUUUUGUUCCAGAGCCACCCUGCCUUGAAUGUCAUUACCCCCGUCGAUUCCCACUGUAAGGCUGAACGUGUGUGUAUGUGUGUUCUGUCUGAGAGAGACCCCUGCUGCAUUUUAAAGGCAGCAACACUGAGACACAUCUGCAUUGCAUAAGCAGCAGUUGUGCGUCAGUCCCUGUGCACAAAUGUGGGUGGCUAAAGGUGACCUUUAAGACUGGAGGCUCUAAGAGCACUACUACAGUAAUUAUUGCACUUCCCUGUUGUCCCUUCACAGUGACUUUACUCCACUUUACCCCCGUGACUUUACACCCCGCCCCCCCCUCCACUGUGAGUUGUGGUGUUGUGGACGAGUCCUCACAGUUGUUAGCAUCCAUUGAUUCAAUUUAAGCAGUGCAGCUUUUUAAAUUAAUUUACUUAGUGAAGUAUUGUGACCACAGGCCAGUUUCUCUGACAUGUAUUAUGUCUAGUCAUGGACUAAACUGCAAAGCUAAGCUAAUGGUGUUACACCAUUAAAAAUCUGAUUUAGUCUAGGCUUAAGAUUUGUCUCACUCUGAGGAACUAUCCAAAUAUUGUCACUGUAACUCCAUAGUUUUUUAAAUUACUAGUUUGUACACUAUUUAAAAGCUGCUGGUGUUGGGUAAAUUACGUAACAUAUUUACUCAAAAUAUAUAAUCUGGUACUUCUUAUAAAUUAUAUGACUAAAAACGUAAUCAGUAACCUUUAGGAUUACUUAAAAACUGUACUUUGGACUACAUUUGGUCUUGUAUAUUUCCCCUCUUCUUCCUUUAAAGUAAUUUCUAGACAUCUAUUAGUCAAAUACUGACCACUCCCAUCUUGUCUGUUUGAAGUUCAAACCAUCCAAGGUACAGCUCUAAAAUGCCCUCAUACUUUCUUCAUUUUUCUUUUCAGCAAAAAUAUAUUGCUAUCAGUCAUAAUUAUGUUUAUGGACACAUUCAAUUAAGAGGGUAUUAUUAGACCGAUUUGUUGGCAUUAACUAAUCAAAAUGCAAUCCUUAAAACAGUAAUCAUAAUUCGAUCAAAUAUUUUUUUAAGUCUCCUACUCUGAUUACAAGUAUUUGACAUUUAUAAUCAGAUUACAGAAGCCAGAAUAUAUCGCUGCUGUUGGAAAAAAAACACAUAUCUCCAUUUUUGUUGUUUUCUAGUUUUUGACAUAAUUUGAAAAUGCCUGUUGCCCUUUGUGUUGAAACUUCACGAUGAAUGAACUAAAAGAAAUUCAUUGAUUUACAUUAAAAAUGAAGUAUGUUUUUUUUUUUCUUCUCCAGUAAAGUUAUCAUUUUGGAGAUAUGUGAUUUGGUCCGACAGUAUGUAAUCUGGUACUACCCAACACUGCCAGCUCUUCUUUACAGUGUUUCAUGCUAAAUGAGCCCAUAAAGAUACUACUUUGGUGGUAUGAAGAUAUGAAAUGUUGUUACCAUAGCAACUAAGUGGAAGCUGACCUGAAAUGGAGCCCUACUGUUUACCAUUAUUUGAAAUAUUUAUCUUUGUACUAAAAUUGCAAGCCUUUUUAUUGGUCAUAAAUGCAGUCCUGUGCAUGUAUAUGUGUGUCAGACAAGCACAUUUUCAUUCAUUUUCUUUCUUCAAACCUGUCCAGUUGUUUGUCUGAUAAAGGCCUAAUUAGGACUAAAUUGUUAAUGAAAUGCUGAUGUGAGCAUACACCUCUGUACCCUGACUAAUAAUGCAAUUUUUUGAUUCAGUCCAGUCUGGGGAAAUCUGAAAAGACUGUUAGUAUCUAAGGGUGUAUUAAGAGUUGUGGACAGUAAUGGACAGAGGCCUCCUCGCCUGCUUGCCUGGAUUUCCUGCAGCAAUAUGGACUGCUCAGUUUUGGUUAUCACUGUCUUAUACACCCUUAAUGAAACACACACACCUUAUAGCCAUGUGUGUGCCAUAUCCUGAUUGAAGGAGUCAGCUUUAUAUCAUACGGCUCCUGGAGGUUUUUGUAUGUUCUGCAUGGAUGAUCUAAAUUAUUGUCUUCCAAAAGGGAUUUUAAAAACAAACUGUGUUACUUUUUUCUCCCCUUGUCUUCCAAACCAAGAGAGUUCAAUAGUCUUCCAGUCAAAGCCACGAUGACAAUAUUUUUAUAUCAAAGAACAACAAAAAAGGACAAUCUCAGUGGAAUCAUGUAAGGAUUGGCUCCCCCAUUUCACAAGCCCACAGUGGAAAGCCAAACAAAAAUGGCAGCAAAAAGAAGAAAUCACAUUGUAUGAUGGAAGAAGUCUCUAGGACAAAGGUUCAAAGACUUCUCACUGAAGCCUGAAGCAAUAUGACAUGAAUGAAGCAUAGUGGAAUCAACAGUACUCUAAAAGCAUGCAUGAACCGACAUUUACUGGACACAUUUAAAAAAAAGAUGACCCCUAUUUAAUAAAUCGGUACGACCCCAUUCAUAAUACCUUACCCCAUUCAUCCUCGCCCCUGCAUUUGCAAUAGAAACUGUAUCUAUUUCUAUAAUAACUUACACAGAGUCUGAGGGAGACAUAUUAUUGGAUAUUAUUGAAUAAAACUAAUAUAUUUGUAUGAUUGUAAAAA